GCGGGGUCUGGCGGGUCUGGGUGUCCGCGGCCGGCUCGCGGUAUGCGCCUUCGCCUGCUUCUGCUGCUCGCGCUUUGCUGGGCGGGCCCCAGCGCCGCGGCGCGCACCCUCAGCCUGCGGGGCCGCUGGAGGAUCCGCAGCGGGAACGGCUCGCUGGAGCUGCCCGGGGACGUCCCCGGUUGCGUGCACAGCGCCUUGUUCCAGCGGAGGCUCAUCCAGGAUCCAUACUACAGAUUUAAUGACCUUGACUACAGAUGGAUCUCCUUGGAUAACUGGACCUAUAGCAAGGAAUUUAGAAUCCCCUUUGACAUUAGCAAAUGGCAAAAAGUAAAUUUGAUUUUUGAGGGUGUUGAUACAGUUACAAAAGUCCUGCUCAAUAAUGUUACUAUUGGGAAAACAGACAACAUGUUCAGAAGAUACAGCUUUGAUGUUACCGGUCUGGUCGGGGACGUGAACUCCAUUGAGCUGCAUUUCCAGUCACCAGUGUUGUAUGCAGCCCAGCGGAGCAAAGCUCACACUUGCUACCAGGUGCCCCCAAGCUGCCCUCCGCUUGUGCAGAAGGGCGAAUGCCAUGUCAACUUUAUUCGAAAGGAGCAGUGUUCAUUUAGUUGGGACUGGGGGCCUUCCUUUCCUACCCAAGGCAUCUGGAAAGAUGUUAGAAUUGAAGCCUAUAAUAUUUGUCAUCUGAACUACUUCACAUUUUCCCCUAUAUUUGAUAACCGUGCCCAGGAGUGGAAUCUUGAAAUAGAGUCUUCUUUUGAUGUUGUCAGCUCAAAGCCAGUUUAUGGUCAAGUGAUUGUAGCCCUCCCUAAACUGCAAACACAGCAGACGCACAGCAUUGACCUUCAGCCUGGGGAGAGGAUUGUUGAGCUCUUUGUGAAAAUUAACAAGAAUAUUGCUGUAGAAACUUGGUGGCCUCAUGGACAUGGAAACCAGACUGGGUACAACAUGACAAUUCUUUUUAAACUGGAUGGAGGCUUAAGUAUUGAAAAAUCAGCUAAGGUUUAUUUUAGGACAGUGGAACUUAUAGAAGAGCCUAUAAAAGGGUCUCCUGGUCUGAGUUUCUACUUCAAAAUUAAUGGAUUUCCCAUAUUUCUGAAAGGCUCUAACUGGAUACCAGCAGAUUCAUUCCAGGAUCGAGUAACCUCUGACUUGUUGCGGCUGCUGUUGCAGUCUGCUGUGGAUGCGAACAUGAAUACUCUCCGGGUAUGGGGAGGAGGAAUCUAUGAGCGAGAUGAGUUCUAUGAACUCUGUGAUGAACUAGGAAUCAUGGUAUGGCAGGACUUUAUGUUUGCGUGUGCCCUUUAUCCGGCUGAUCAGGGCUUUGUGGAUUCCGUGAGAGCAGAAGUUGCUUACCAGGUCAGGAGACUGAAAUCUCAUCCCUCCAUCAUCAUAUGGAGUGGAAAUAAUGAAAAUGAAGCAGCGCUGAUGAUGAAUUGGUAUGGCAUACAUUUCAGUGACUUGCAUACCUACAUCAAUGAUUAUGUGACACUGUAUGUGAAAAACAUCCGGGAGGUCGUCUUGGCAGGAGAUAAGACUCGUCCUUUUGUCACAUCCAGUCCUACAAAUGGGGCCGAAUCCGUUGCAGAAGGCUGGGUCUCUCACAACCCAUAUGACAAGCAUUUUGGUGACAUACAUUUUUAUGACUAUGUCAGUGAUUGCUGGAAUUGGAAAAUUUUCCCAAAAGCUCGAUUUGCCUCUGAAUAUGGAUAUCAGUCCUGGCCUUCCUUCAGUACAUUAGAAAAGGUUUCAUCUGAAGAGGACUGGUCGUACGAAAGCAAGUUUUCACUUCACCGUCAACAUCAUGCACAUGGUAACGAUGAAAUGCUUCUUCAGGCUGGACUUCAUUUCAAACUCCCCCAAAGCACAGAUCCAUUACGCUCAUUCAAAGAUACCAUCUAUCUUACUCAGGUGGUGCAGGCGCAGUGUGUCAAAACAGAAACUGAAUUCUACCGUCGCAGUCGCAGCGAGAUAGUGACUGGAGAAGGGCACACCAUGGGGGCGCUUUACUGGCAGUUGAAUGACAUCUGGCAGGCUCCUUCCUGGGCUUCUCUAGAGUAUGGAGGAAAGUGGAAAAUGCUUCAUUACUUUGCUCGGCAUUUCUUCGCUCCGUUGUUGCCGGUGGGCUUUGAGAAUCAAGACGUGUUUUUCAUCUACGGUGUGUCAGACCUUCACUCGGACUGUAAGGUGACGCUCACUGUGAGAGUGCACGCGUGGAGUUCCCUGGAGCCUCUGUGCUCGCGUGACACCAAGCAUCUUGUGAUGAAAGUGGGCGAGGCUGUUCUCCUCUACAGGGAGCCAGUGCCCAAGCUGCUGGAGAGAUGUGGGAGGUGUACCCGGCAGAGCUGUGUGGUUUCCUUUCACCUGUCAGCUGCCGGCCGACUCUUGAGCCCCACCAACUACCACUUCCUGUCCUCGCUGAAGGAGGCUGUGGGGCUCCAGAAGGCAAACAUCACUGCCGUCGUCUCGCGGCACGGCGGCACGUUUGUUUUUGAUCUAGAAACCUCAGCUGUUGCCCCCUUUGUUUGGCUGGAUGUGGGGAGCAUCCCGGGGAGAUUCAGUGACAAUGGCUUCCUCAUGACCGAGAAGACGCGGGCUGUAGUAUUUCACCCUUGGAAACCCACCAGCAAGAGGGAAUUGGAGCAGUCUUUGCAGGUGACUUCCCUGACCGAUAUUUACUGAGGGAACCCAGGUUGUUCUUCCAGUGGACACCGGAAUAAAGCAUUUCUAAGGAACCCGUUGGGGCUGAAGGCAGCCAAGGACAAGUUGAAGAAGCCGGAAACAGACGUGCUUGCUGCUGCGUGUCUGAUUCGUCUCUCCGUGAAGAGUGUGCGGUGUGUUCCUUCAAGGCAGGCUGUUCCCCAGCAAGGCUGUGCCUCGGUGUUCUCCGGUCUGUGCCAGGACUGUGUCUGCAGCCCUCCCCUCACAGCGUUAGCACCACGUGAACCAGUUACAGCCCACUGCCUCUCCCUACCCAGAGAAGGAAGUCCACACAGAUAGCCUCUCAGGGAGUCCCAGGAAUGUGGCCAUUGCAGUGUCUGUGGAACCAGAUGUGGAAGGUUGUGAGGUCCUGUAAGCCUGUUAUAGUUAGCUUUGAGAAAUACCAGAUAAUCAAAAGAAAACUGCUCUGUUAUUAUUUCUGGAGGAAAUGGGAGUUCAAAUGUCACAGGAGAAAGAGAUUUAUGAGCAUUGGCCAUAUUGGUUAUUGUUGCUGGAAAGUUUGGAGGGUUGAUUGUUGACAUUGAUUACUUUUGGGGUAGGAUUCUUUUUUCAUUUGUGGAUUUUGUUACAAAAUAUUGUUUUAACAAUAACAAUUUCUUUUUCAAAGGCCAUUAGAGUGAUUCUCCUUAGAAAAAUAAGCUCACGUUGAAAUGGAUGUCACUGUGGUCACCUUGGAAGAUUUGGGUGUCCUGACGUAGGUUGUCGCCUAUCAUGAUGUUUGGGCUUCAGAUUUGGCUAAAUCCAGUGAGCCUUCCAAUUCAAAGCCUGUGAGUUAGAUCUAGACUUGAUCUUGGCAGCAGAGUGGUGUUCCCUUUAGCUUGGGUUUAAAUCAUUUUAUUUAUAUUGAUUAAUUAUAAAUUGCUAUAAAAUUGUUUUAUUAUGCAUUAUCAUGUCUGUAAAAUUAUAUUGAUAAUAAAGCAAAUGGGGCAAAAUGUUAAUAAGUAGCCAGUUUGGGUAAAGGUAUGUAAGAAUGUUUUUGUACUGUUUUUGCAACAUUUCUGUAAGUUUGAAAUUAUAUCAAAAUUUAAAAGUUACAUAAAUUGCAUUGACAACUUGC